AUGACCAAGCUUUCACAGCAAAGGAUGAAGAACAACAACAACAACAAUAAUAAUGUUUCAAAUGGUGGCAAAAACCUUGUUAUUAAUGGAAGUAAUAAUAAUGGAAUUAUCCUCAAGGCUAAAAGAACACGAAAAACUGUCCCAAGAGACUCCCCGCCCCAGCGCAGCUCUAUUUAUCGCGGCGUCACAAGACACCGAUGGACAGGAAGAUAUGAAGCUCAUCUAUGGGAUAAACAUUGCUGGAAUGAAUCCCAGAACAAGAAAGGAAGGCAAGGUGCUUAUGAUGAUGAAGAUGCUGCAGCUAGAGCUUAUGAUUUAGCAGCACUUAAGUACUGGGGACCUGAAACUAUUCUCAAUUUUCCAUUAUUGACUUAUGAGACGGAAUUAAAAGAAAUGGAAGGUCAGUCGAGGGAAGAAUAUAUUGGUUCGCUGAGAAGGAAAAGUAGUGGUUUUUCAAGAGGAGUUUCCAAAUAUAGAGGUGUUGCUAGACAUCAUCACAAUGGAAGAUGGGAAGCAAGGAUUGGUAGAGUAUUUGGCAAUAAAUAUCUUUAUCUUGGGACUUACGCUACACAAGAGGAGGCCGCAAUUGCAUACGACAUGGCGGCUAUAGAGUAUCGUGGUCUCAAUGCGGUUACAAACUUUGACCUUAGCCGAUACAUAAAAUGGUUGAGGCCCAAUAACAAUACUAUUCAACCUAAUCCAGAUGUUAUCGAAACCAAAAACAUAUUGAACUCUCCAAUAAAACAGGACCCAUCUAGCAUAACCUUUGAACCCGAUAACCAUCAAACCUUAACUAAUACGUGGGAAGUUGGUUCGAGCCAGGUCAAACCAACAACAGCCACAUCUGCCCUCGGUCUUCUUCUUCAAUCUUCAAAAUUCAAGGAGAUGAUGGAAAUGACGUCUAUAACGGAUGAGUGCCCUACAAACACUACAUUCUCUGAUUCUAGCCCUAGCUCGCAUGGUCCAUGCACCUUUGUUGGUGACAUCGAAUCAUGCUUUCAGAUUGAUCAGGAUUUCGGAACUUAUAGUCAAGGAGACGACGCUAUCUUUGGAGAUCUCAAUUCUUUUAUGUUCGAUGCUUAA